AAGCGCCUCCCGUAAACAAGCGCAGCGGGGACACUGGAGGAGAACGCACACCGCGCUCCGCGUGCUAUUUGCUUGGAGCCGCACAGGCGGAUGUGAGCAUUCUGUCUACUUCUUCCUCUACCGUGAAUGGAAUGGAUGUGCUAGCCGAGGAGUUUGGGAGCCUGACUCCGGAGCAGCUGGCUGCGCCGAUCCCGACGGUGGAGGAAAAAUGGAGGCUGCUUCCAGCAUUUUUAAAGGUCAAAGGCCUCGUGAAACAGCACAUAGAUUCCUUUAACUAUUUCAUUAAUGUAGAGAUAAAGAAGAUAAUGAAAGCCAAUGAAAAGGUUACAAGUGAUGCUGACCCCAUGUGGUACUUAAAAUAUCUUAAUAUCUAUGUUGGACUUCCUGAUGUCGAAGAAAGCUUCAAUGUAACUAGACCAGUGUCCCCUCAUGAGUGCCGUCUGAGGGACAUGACAUACUCUGCCCCAAUCACAGUGGACAUUGAGUAUACCCGAGGCAGCCAGAGGAUAAUCCGAAACGCCUUACCCAUUGGCAGAAUGCCCAUCAUGCUCCGAAGUUCAAACUGUGUUCUGACAGGGAAAACUCCAGCAGAGUUUGCCAAAUUGAACGAAUGUCCAUUAGACCCAGGUGGCUACUUCAUUGUUAAAGGAGUGGAAAAAGUCAUUCUCAUCCAAGAGCAGCUGUCCAAGAACAGGAUCAUCGUGGAAGCUGACAGGAAAGGGGCCGUUGGAGCUUCAGUUACCAGCUCCACCCAUGAGAAGAAAAGUAGAACCAACAUGGCCGUGAAACAGGGGCGAUUCUAUCUGAGACACAACACCCUGUCUGAAGAUAUACCCAUUGUCAUCAUAUUUAAGGCCAUGGGUGUUGAGAGUGACCAGGAAAUUGUGCAGAUGAUUGGAACAGAGGAACAUGUGAUGGCUGCAUUUGGGCCCAGCUUGGAGGAGUGCCAGAAAGCUCAGAUCUUCACCCAGAUGCAGGCUUUGAAGUAUAUAGGGAAUAAAGUAAGAAGACAAAGAAUGUGGGGAGGUGGACCAAAGAAAACGAAAAUAGAAGAAGCAAGAGAACUCCUGGCUUCUACCAUUCUGACCCAUGUACCAGUGAAGGAAUUCAAUUUCCGAGCUAAGUGUAUCUACACCGCAGUGAUGGUGCGAAGGGUGAUCCUGGCCCAAGGAGAUAACAAGGUCGAUGACAGAGACUAUUACGGCAACAAGCGACUGGAAUUGGCAGGACAGCUCUUAUCUCUUCUUUUUGAAGAUUUGUUUAAAAAGUUUAAUUCAGAAAUGAAGAAGAUUGCAGACCAAGUGAUUCCUAAGCAGAGAGCAGCCCAGUUUGAUGUCGUGAAGCACAUGCGCCAAGACCAGAUCACCAAUGGCAUGGUCAAUGCCAUCUCCACGGGAAAUUGGUCUCUGAAGAGAUUUAAGAUGGACCGACAGGGUGUGACCCAGGUGCUGUCUCGCUUGUCUUAUAUAUCUGCACUCGGCAUGAUGACAAGAAUCUCUUCCCAGUUUGAAAAGACAAGAAAAGUGAGUGGUCCUCGUUCUCUGCAGCCAUCUCAGUGGGGAAUGCUCUGUCCCUCCGACACACCUGAAGGAGAGGCCUGUGGUUUGGUUAAGAACUUGGCCCUCAUGACACAUAUAACAACUGACAUGGAAGACGGACCCAUUAUUAAGUUAGCCGGGAACUUGGGAGUAGAAGAUGUGAAUUUAUUAUGUGGAGAAGAGCUCUCUUACCCAAAUGUGUUUCUUGUCUUCCUGAAUGGUAACAUCCUGGGUGUCAUUCGAGACCAUAAAAAGCUGGUCAGCACAUUCCGGCUGAUGCGAAGAGCAGGAUAUAUCAAUGAAUUUGUUUCUAUUUCCACAAACCUUACAGAUCGGUGUGUUUAUAUUUCCUCUGACGGCGGGCGCUUGUGCAGGCCUUAUAUAAUUGUCAAGAAACAAAAGCCAGCAGUCACAAAUAAGCAUAUGGAAGAGUUGGCUCAAGGCUACAGGAAUUUUGAAGAUUUCUUACAUGAGAGUCUAGUUGAAUACUUAGAUGUGAAUGAAGAAAAUGACUGUAACAUUGCGCUCUACGAACAUACAAUUAACAAAGACACCACCCACUUGGAGAUUGAACCCUUCACUCUGCUUGGUGUUUGCGCUGGCCUGAUCCCAUACCCUCAUCACAACCAGUCUCCAAGAAACACCUACCAGUGUGCUAUGGGCAAGCAAGCCAUGGGUACCAUUGGAUACAAUCAACGGAACAGAAUUGAUACACUUAUGUAUCUACUAGCAUAUCCACAGAAACCCAUGGUUAAAACAAAAACAAUCGAGUUGAUAGAUUUUGAGAAAUUGCCAGCUGGCCAGAACGCAACUGUUGCUGUGAUGAGUUACAGCGGCUAUGACAUUGAAGACGCCCUGGUUUUGAACAAGGCCUCUCUGGACAGAGGUUUUGGGCGUUGUCUUGUAUAUAAAAAUGCUAAGUGCACCUUGAAGCGAUACACCAAUCAGACCUUUGAUAAGGUGAUGGGUCCCAUGUUGGAUGCUGCUACCAGAAAACCCAUUUGGCGACAUGAAAUUUUAGAUGCAGAUGGCAUUUGUUCUCCAGGUGAGAAAGUGGAAAACAAGCAGGUACUUGUAAACAAGUCCAUGCCCACAGUGACUCAGAUUCCUUUGGAAGGGAGCAAUGUGCCACAGCAACCACAGUAUAAAGAUGUGCCCAUCACGUACAAAGGUGCAACAGACUCGUACAUUGAGAAAGUGAUGAUCUCUUCCAACGCUGAGGACGCCUUCCUCAUCAAGAUGCUCCUGAGACAGACGCGGCGGCCAGAGAUCGGAGACAAAUUCAGCAGUCGGCAUGGACAAAAGGGUGUUUGUGGCCUGAUCGUCCCCCAGGAAGACAUGCCGUUCUGUGAUUCUGGCAUUUGUCCCGACAUCAUAAUGAACCCACACGGCUUCCCAUCGAGAAUGACGGUUGGAAAGUUAAUUGAGUUGCUGGCCGGCAAGGCAGGCGUGUUAGACGGCAGGUUCCACUACGGCACUGCCUUUGGAGGGAGUAAAGUGAAGGAUGUGUGUGAGGACCUCGUUCGCCAUGGUUACAACUACCUGGGGAAGGACUACGUCACCUCAGGUAUCACAGGUGAGCCCUUAGAAGCAUACAUCUAUUUUGGACCUGUAUACUAUCAGAAACUGAAACACAUGGUGCUGGAUAAAAUGCAUGCCCGGGCCCGAGGACCACGAGCUGUCCUUACCAGGCAGCCCACUGAAGGGCGAUCUCGAGAUGGUGGCUUGCGUCUUGGAGAAAUGGAACGUGACUGUCUAAUCGGCUAUGGAGCAAGUAUGCUUUUGCUGGAGAGACUAAUGAUCUCAAGUGAUGCCUUCGAGGUCGACGUCUGUGGGCAGUGUGGACUCCUGGGAUAUUCUGGCUGGUGCCACUACUGCAAGUCUUCAUGCCACGUGUCCUCCCUCCGAAUCCCAUAUGCCUGCAAGCUGCUCUUCCAGGAGUUGCAGUCCAUGAACAUCAUCCCCAGGUUGAAACUGGCCAAAUACAACGAGUAAGAUUGUGCAGUGCUCUCAAGGGUAUGGUCGGCGGCAGCCUGUGCAGCCCAAGGCAGGGUCUCUUGGUGACCUCUGUGCUCAUUCUGCUUCACGGAGAACUUCGAGGAGGAGGAGAAGGGAGCAGCAGCAGCUGUCUAAGGUCCAGAGGCUGACUUGACACUGGAGCCUCGAGCCGCAGGAGGUGCUGGGACCCAUACAGCACAGCACUGUGGAGUCACACACAGAUGGACACAAGCUAGAGAGAUUACCAACACCUGUUAAUUUUGUUGUUUGUUUGUUUGUGUUGAGUUGGAGUCUCAAUCUGUAUCUCAGGCUGGAUUUGAGCUCACCUCAAUCUUCCUGACUUCAUCUCCCACAAGUACUGGAAUCAUGAGUUUGAGCCAGCAUAUCUGGUUUGUUUAUGUUAUUGUGUUUUAAAAUGUACUUAUUAGAAAAACCUUCCUCCUUAAAAUUCCCUCUGACACCUUCUGGUUAACAGAACUCUGGGUUCUCGUCAGAUGUGGAAAAGGUAAAGAAUUGUUUGAAUUGGGCCUAAGAAGUUAGCUCAGUCAAGUGCCUGUUGCAUAUGUAUGACCUGAGUUCACCCCCCGAAACCCAUGUAAGUAAGGGCUGGGUGUGGCACCUAGCACUCAUGUCAAAGUCCGACACUUUGGAGGUUGUAGAGGUGGGAGUGGGGGUCAGACAGGCAGAGCCCUGGCACUUACUGACCAGUCAGUAUGUUUCGGGUUCAGUGAGAGACCCUGUAUGUGAAGGGUUAAAGUGGACAGUGACUGAGGAGGACCCCAGUGUCCCUUUGGCCUCCACACACACACACAAAGAAUGGGUAGAUUCGUGGGCACAACUUUUGCUGAGGUGGAAAGUAGUAGUAAACUGGCUCUUAGAGGGCAGCAAGUAACACAGGUGACUCUGGAAGGCCAGCAGUCACAGCUUGCUGACACACACUGAGACUUCAAUCUUGAUGGAAUGUGAUCUGUGCAGCCUACCUUUGAAGAAUCUCCUUCUUUAUCUACCUUCUUUUGAACCUCCAGGACACCUGGGUCUAAUCCAUGGACACCUGGUCAUUCCCUCAUUUCCUGCCUGUUCCGUUGCUACCAAGAAGUUAAUUGUCCAUUCUCUCAGUUUAUUCUUAACUGUUGUUCCCUGAAGCCAGAGAAUUGCUUAUAAAAAGUGUCCCAGAAGCACUGAUUAAUGACGUAUGCCACAUCAGAAAUGCUCCUCGGAAUAGUAAGAGGUACACACCAAGAAGGGUCAGACUCAAGUGUGUGGCUGAGGUUGAGGAGGGUGAAGACUUUUCAGAUCUGCUCAUCCCGGGCUCAUCCGGAUGAGUCACCGACUUGAAAACUCAACCCUAUUUGUUUUCUUCACAAUAAAGAUGUGGCAGUCAGAACGCUA